AUGGAGCCCACGGGCGUCCCCAUCGGCGAGUCCAGUGACGAUGCUUCUAGAAGUGGCGAGGCCAGCGUCAUGGCGGCGCCGGAGCUGGUGGACGACCUCGUCUGCGAGAUCCUCCUCCGCAUCCCGGCAGGACAGCCGGAGUGCCUCGUCCGCGCAUCCCUCGUGUGCAAGUCCUGGCGCCACGUCAUCUCCGAUCCCGCCUUCCGCCGCCGCUACCGCGCGUUCCACCGGGCAAGAUUGAGAAUUGUGUGUCCUAGAGUGCCACUUGAUAAUCUCAUCGGCGAAUUUGUCUGA